AUGUCUCAUCUGUAUCCUCGUUAUGACACUCUUCAGAAGACCUUCCCUCGCCAACCUCAGGACGGCCUGAAGGCUCGGGGUAGCAAGGCAACUCCAUACCAAGCCCGCAUGGACUUGUAUUCGGCCUACUCAACCAUCGAGGACAAGGCCAAGAAGCUCAGCGCCGAAGCCACGGCCGAGUUCAACAAGGCCAGCUCUGCCGCCCAGGCCAAGACGGGCAAGAUCGAGCUGUACUCCGGGAAGUACUACGCCGCAUGCACCUUUGGAGGCUUGCUGGCUUGUGGCCUGACGCACACGGCUGUCACUCCUCUUGACGUUGUCAAAACUCGUCGCCAAGUCGAUAGCAAGCUAUAUACAGGAAAUUUCCAGGCCUGGGGCAAGAUCUACCGAACCGAAGGCGUCCGCGGGAUCUUCACGGGUUGGUCUCCGACCUUUUUCGGCUAUUCAGCCCAAGGCGCUUUUAAAUAUGGUUGGUAUGAGUAUUUCAAGCAGACAUACGCGGAAAUCGCCGGUCCGGAGAACGCAUACAAGUACAAAACCAGUCUCUACUUAGCCGCCUCGGCAUCUGCGGAGUUCCUGGCUGAUAUAGCACUCUGCCCGUUCGAAUCUGUCAAGGUCCGCAUGCAGGCAACGAUCCCGCCCCCUUACUCCGGCACCUUCGACGGCAUCAGCAAGAUCACUGCGAAGGAGGGAUGGGGUGGACUGUACAAGGGCCUCUACCCGCUCUGGGCCCGGCAGAUCCCGUACACGAUGAUGAAGUUUGCCUCAUUCGAGACCAUUGUUGAAAUGAUCUACGCCCGCCUGCCCGGAUCCAAGAAUGACUAUAGCAAGGCUGCGCAGACCGGUGUUUCCUUCACUGGUGGCUACCUGGCCGGUAUUCUCUGUGCUGUCGUCUCACACCCAGCGGAUGUAAUGGUUUCCAAACUCAACGCGUACCGCGAGCCUGGCGAGGCCUUCGGAACGGUCUUGUCGAGGAUAUACAAGGACAUCGGCUUCAGGGGGCUGUGGAAUGGCCUGCCAAUGCGAAUUGUGAUGAUCGGAACCUUGACUGGCCUCCAGUGGAUGAUAUACGACUAUUUCAAGAUCUUCAUGGGCUUGCCCACAACUGGUGGAGCGCCGCCGCCGGAGAAGAAGUGA